AUGGGCGCCAGAGCAUGGGACUACGAGGCACUGCCGGAACUUCAUACCUCGGCAGCCGUCACGCCGACAUCCACGCCGCCGAAUGCACAACAGAAGAUGCACUCGCCGAGGGUCUACUUCCAGCCGGAGAAUUUGGCCUCCACCAGGAGACGGAGCAGCUCGAGGUUGUUCGCGCCCCAAUCCUCCUACAGGAGACGCAGCAGAAGCAUGAGCGCAUGGGGCGAUCUAUCGAGAUCCUCGUUCAAACUCGAUGAGAGGUAGGUCGUGGUUCAAGCAUGGAGUAUGUGAGUUGACAAGUUGAACGAGUAGGUCUUGCUCGAAUGGUUUGCAACAGAUUUUUGGUGUAUCACACGUGCGGCGAUUUGUCGAGAUCCUCGUUCAAACUCGCUGAAAGCUAGGUCGUGGUUGAAGUAUGGAGUAUGUGAGUUAACAAGUUGAACGAGUAGCACUGGUCUGUUGGUCUCGUUGGAAUUGGUUUUGAGAAUGGUUUGAAAGAGAUUUUUCGUGUAUCACACGUGCGGCGAUUUGUUGAAAUACUCUUUCAAACUUGUUGAGAGCGUUGGUGGUUGAAUCAGGGAGUAAGUGGGUGGAGAAGUUUAAUGAAGGUGUAUCAGAUAGGUAGGACUUUUUAGUUUUGUUCACAAGAAACAUUAUUAAUGCAUUGUCCAUUCUGUUCGAUUACCUUUUGCCAGCUUCAGGCAACUUUAUGAUUCCGAAUGAAAAUCAUACGUGGGGCCAUUUUUGUCGAGAUACUCCUUCAAACUCGAUGAGAGGUAGGUCGUUGGUGGUUGAAUCAUGGAGUAAGUGGGUGGAGAAGUUUAAUGAAGGUGUAUCAGUAUGAUUGGUAGAACUGGUCUCUUGGAAUUGGUUCUGAGAAUAUUUGCAAAAGAUUUUUGAUUUUGUUCGAAUUUUUCACAAGAAACAAAAACAUUAUUAAUGCAUUGAUCAUUCUGUUUGAUUAUCUUUCGCGAGCUUUCAGGCAACAUUAUGAUUCCGAAUAAAAGUCAUACGUGGGACGAUUUGUCAAGAAAACUUUCAAACUCAUUGGUAAUUGAAGCAUGGAAUAAGUGAGUGGAGAAGUUGAAUAAAGGUGUAUGUAAUAUGAUGCAGUAUGAUAAAUAUGAUGGUUUGUUGGAAUUGGUUUUAAGAAUGUUUGCAGCUGGGAGAUUCUGGUGUAUUUAUUAGAUUAA